AUGGGGGCUCCAGGCUGUCUUCCCAGGGCACAGCUCUUCUGCCUGCUUUUCCUGCUCCCACUGCUCCAGGUGGUCAGACCAGGCCAGGUGCCCCAGGACCAGCCCCUGUGGGCACUUUUGGAACAGCACUGUCACAGGACCCGGACACCCAUCAACCUUUCAGGUUCCUACUCCUACUGCAACACGACCUUGGACCAGAUCGGGACCUGCUGGCCCCAGAGCACGCCCGGAGCCCUAGUGGAGAGACCGUGCCCCGAGUACUUCAAUGGCAUCAAGUACAACACGACCCGGAAUGCCUACCGAGAAUGCCUGGAGAAUGGGACGUGGGCCUCAAGGAUCAACUACUCACACUGUGAACCCAUUUUGGAUGACAAGCAGAGGAAGUAUGACCUGCAUUACCGGAUCGCCCUCUUUGUCAACUACCUGGGUCACUGUGUUUCCGUGGUGGCCUUGGUGGCCGCUUUCCUGCUCUUCCUUGUUCUUCGGAGUAUUCGCUGCCUGCGGAACGUGAUCCACUGGAACCUCAUCACCACCUUCAUCCUGAGAAACAUCACGUGGUUCCUGCUGCAGCUCAUUGACCACGAAGUGCACGAGAGCAACGAGGUCUGGUGCCGCUGCAUCACCACCAUCUUUAACUACUUUGUGGUCACCAACUUCUUCUGGAUGUUUGUGGAAGGCUGCUACCUGCACACAGCCGUCGUCAUGACAUACUCCACAGAGCACCUGCGCAAGUGGCUCUUCCUCUUCAUUGGAUGGUGCAUCCCUUGCCCUAUCAUCAUCGCCUGGGCGGUUGGAAAACUCUACUAUGAGAAUGAACAGUGCUGGUUUGGCAAGGAACCUGGUGACUUGGUGGACUACAUCUACCAGGGUCCCAUCAUCCUCGUGUUAUUGAUCAAUUUUAUAUUUCUCUUCAACAUCGUCAGAAUCCUGAUGACAAAGUUAAGAGCAUCCACCACUUCCGAGACAAUCCAGUACAGGAAGGCAGUGAAGGCCACCCUGGUCCUCCUCCCGCUGCUGGGCAUCACCUAUAUGCUCUUCUUUGUCAAUCCCGGUGAGGACGGCCUGUCACAGAUUGUGUUCAUCUAUUUCAACUCUUUCCUGCAGUCCUUCCAGGGUUUCUUUGUGUCUGUUUUCUACUGUUUCUUCAACGGAGAGGUGCGCUCAGCCCUGAGAAAGCGAUGGCACCGCUGGCAGGACCACCACUCCCUCCGAGUGCCUGUGGCCCGGGCCAUGUCCAUCCCUACAUCACCCACCAGGGUCAGCUUCCACAGCAUCAAGCAGACAGCCGCCGUGUGA